UUAAAUAGGAGAUUCUGUAUCUGUAAUUGAAGAUAGUGAAUGAUAUGUUCUAAAGUCCGCCAAGAUUAGAAUAAAUGAGAGAAAGGAGGUAACAAUGGAAUGUAGCUUGACAACUAUUUACCUUGUUUAUUCUUUUAUUAAAUGGCAAGUGAGUAGCAAAUCCACGUUCACUCAAAGGGCUGAAGUGAUAUCUACAAAAGAAAGUCAAUGAGCAGUCUUCAUGAAUGAUAAAGUCCACGAAAUCUUUUACCUCUUGGCCAGACCUUUGCCCAGCUGAUGGAACAUCAUGACAAGCAGAUCAAGAUCAAUUUCGCCACAUGAAAAAUCCUAAAAUUAUUCGCACUUACACGCAAUGAGUUUAUAAUUUACAGUCAAUCUGAUUUGCAGAUUGAUGCAGCGUGAACAAUACUGAGUAAAGAUUCCGUACAAAUUUCGUACUUUUUAUGGAACCCUCUGGAGUUUUUAUCGGACCUUUGGUUUCACUCGGGAAUUAUGGAACUUUCGCGUCAGUUUUAUCGACCUGGUUCUCUCUGUGUACGGCAAUUUCUGCUGAAUUUUCUCUUCAUGGAGUAUGAGUGAACGCAGGUACAAUAAAAUGCUCUUCUUCGACUGUUGACUAUUUUCAAUUGCAUAGUCGACAAGAAACUCUUCAUCGUAACACAAUGAGAGCAAAACGAUGACAUAUUUAUAAUAGAUUAGCAAUUAUGUCAGGACUUGAAAGGGGUAUAAACGACAGCUCUUCGUCGUGAAUAUUUCUCCCCCUUUCACUGAUGGAGAGAGAAACCGGAAAUGGACAAUCGACGUCUAGCGAUAAUAAGAUAAUGACAGUAGAAUAUCAAAUGAAGCACGAUGGAAGUGGUUCAAUGUCCAUUGCGUCAUACUAGCAGGUUGAGUUGAGCAGUUCACAUCAUAUGGUGGAGCGGUGGUUUUAUGAACGAGGACGACUACCACACGUUGAAGGGAAUUGAAACAACUGAGAGCUUCAUUCACAAGCUGCAGUAGAUGGCUUUCAUUCGUAACGAUAUGCGAUGUUGUGAGGGAUAGAAUUACGUCUCUAAUGAGUACAUCAUAAUCAACAGGUUAUAUUCUUCAUCAUCUUUUCAUUAAUAUUUUUUCAUUAAUAAUUUCGUGAAAAGUGUUUUGUGAAGGUCCUCGACAGCAAAAUAGUCAAACCAACAACUUUGAUCAGGGACAGUGUCUGGCUUCGCUUCUUUUUCAUAUUCAGAUGAAGCUCUGACUUGGGGGAUACCAUAAUACGCAGAUAUUUAAUUUACAAUAGCAGCGUGAAGUAUGAAACGACAUUGCAAUAAUACAUUCAAUCAGAGGAGUUGAAAGAAUGGGAUUACUCCAAGAGAAUUUCAUUUACCUACGGGUGAACGGUCUCUGGUCACCAAUUGAGUGGUCAUCGAAUAAUUGGAAGCUGCAAGUUUACCGGCUGUACACCACAUUCCUAAUUACCGCGACUUAUUGGUUCGGCAUAACCGAAUCAAUUAAUUUGUUCAUCAUUGUCGACACGAUCGAGGAUUUUUCGGAUAAUUCUUUUAUGCUGCUGACGACGAUAGUUAUUUGUGUCAAAGCAAACAUGAUUUUGUCAAAAAAAUGGGAAAUAAGAGCAUUGAUUGCUGCAUUUGAAGGGCAUCCUCACAAGCCGAUGAAUACCGACGAGGAAAUGAUCCAGGCUACGUUCAAUGCUCGCAUCAGGUUGAUCUCCUGCAUCUUCGGCGCAGUUGGAGAAAUUUCUGUACUGAUAAUGACAGUCUCCGUAUUCUUCCAAGGAAUACCUUAUGGUGAAUUACCGUAUAAAGCUUGGAUGCCCUAUGAUUAUUCGGAACCUCUCAUGUACUGGUCUACAUUUUGUUUACAAUUACUCGUUGUCAUCUUUCUCGCUAACGCCACUAUUGGCUUCGAUACACUUCUCGUAGGGAUGUUCGUGUUGAUAUGCGCUCAGUUCAAUAUUUUGAAAUAUCGUUUGGAAAAAGCAAUCGAUGAAGUCGAGCGCACAUCGAUAUUGACAUCUGAUGAGAGGAUUUCGGAUGUCAUGAAAACAUGCGAACGUCGAAUUAUCGAGUGUGUUAAAUAUCAUCGAGAAAUUCUUAGAAUUUCUGAGAAGAUGAAUUCUCUGUUCGCGGGGGUGAUUUUUGUCCAGUACGCAGCGAGUACAAUUGUCAUAUGCAUCAGUGUCUUCAUGAUAUCACAAGUGCCAGUCUUAUCAACAAAAAUCCUGUUCAUCUUCUGCUAUCUCUUAUGCAUGCUGGUGCAAAUUUCCUCAUUAUGCAUUGCAGCGCAUCAAGCAACAUUUGAAUCUCAACAACUGUUGAUCGGAAUUUUUCAUCUAAAAUGGUACGUCUUGUCGAAUCGUGCAAGGGGCUAUUUAAUACUAAUGAUGGUUCGUACUCUGAGACCUGUUGUUUUCACGAGUGGUCAUAUAGCCGUUCUUUCCGUGGAGUCUUUCGGCACUCUUCUGAAGAGAUCGUACACGGCUUAUACAGUCCUCCAGAAGAGUAACAGCUAAAAUAAUUCAUUAUCUUAUAUGUUUAAACAAAUGUUAAAAUGUUGAUGCAUAGGUACGAGAAAUACACCGCAGGGAAUUGAAUAUCAAA